AUGGAUGAGGUGGAGUGGAUGCACAGACAUCCCAAGGUCGAGGACCUAAGGGUUGGGCUCAUCAGCUGGGCAGGAACCUACCUCACCUUUGAGCCAUGUAAGAAAAUGGUCACCACUACUGCGAAGAGCUUGGGCAGGAGACAGACUUGGGAGCUCCUAGUGAGCAAUGAGCAUGAUACACAGGCCGUGGUGCGACUAAAGAGCUUGCAGGGCUUCUACCUUCUGUGUGAGGGGGAUGGCACUGUGUGCUACAGCCGGCCAAGGACCAGCCACCAUGGAUGCUUCCUACUCCGUUUUCACCGGAAUGGCAAGUGGACCCUCCAGUGCUUAAUAUCUGGUCGUUAUCUGGAGUCCAAUGGCGAGGCUGUGUUCUGCAACUCCCGGGUCCUCUCAGCUUACCACAUGUGGACCCCCCAGCCAGCCCUGCAUGUCCAUGUGAUCCUCUAUAGCCCCAUCCAUCACUGCUAUGCUCGGGCCGACCCCACCGUGGGUCGCAUCUGGGUGGACACUGCAGUCCCCUGCCUGGAGGAAUGUGGCUUCCUGUUGCAUUUUCAAGAUGGAUGCUACCACCUGGAGACCUCUACACACCACUUCUUGUCCCAUGUAGACCGGCUGGUCCCCCAACCCUCAUCACAGACAGCUUUUCACAUGCAAGUGCGGCCUGGAGGGUUUGUGGCACUGUGCGAUGGGGAAGGAGGCAUGUUAUAUCCACAGGGCACGCAUCUGCUCCUGGGACUGGGCUCCAAUCCUGUGAGGGGUGAGGAGUGGUUCAUCCUGCAGCACUGUCCCACCUGGGUCAGCCUCAGGUCAAAGACUCGGAAGUUCAUCUCGGUCAUCUAUGAUGCUGAAGUGUGUGCUGCCUCUGAGCGCAUAACCCCGAUGUCCUUGUUCCAGUUUGAAUGUGACAGUGAGAGCCCCACUUUGCAGCUCUGUUCGGCCAGUGGCUACUACCUAGUCCAGAGGCGCCACCGGACAGUGAUGGCUAAUGGGCACCCACUGGAGUCUGACACUUUCUUCCGUGUGCACUGGAAUUGUGGCAGGAUCAUCCUGCAGUCCUCCAAUGGGCGCUUCCUGGGUAUUGCAGCCAAUGGCCUGCUGAUGGCCAAUGCCACCAUUCCGGGCCCAAAUGAGGAAUUUGGGAUUCGAUUAGCCAACCGCCCCUUCCUCGCCUUGCGAGGUAGGUAUGGGUAUGUGGGCUCCUCAUCAAAACAUGACCUCAUACAGUGCAAUAUGGAUCAACCUGACUGCAUUCACCUAUUGCCCUGCCACCAAGGCAUCUACCACUUCCAGGCACAAGGUGGAUCCUUCUGGUCAAUCACAUCCUUUGGCACCUUUCGCCCUUGGGGAAAGUUUGCCCUUAACUUCUGUAUAGAGCUUCAGGGGAGCAACUUGCUCACAGUACUGGCGCCCAAUGGCUUCUACAUGCGAGCUGACAGAAGUGGCACCCUAUUGGCAGACAGUGAAGACAUUACCAAAGAGUGUAUCUGGGAAUUUUAG